AUGACAUGUCCAUGUGGUCAUUAUGAUUAUGUGGAUUCAACAGCAGAAACUUUAGCUCAUGCUAUGACUUAUCAUCGAGAACAUGGCAAUCGAAUUAUACAUGAAAAAUUAACGGGUAGUCCUCUAUUUCAAGGAUCACCACUCGAUCCCACCGAGAAAGAGAAAGAAAUAGUGAAUCAUAUGCGUCUCUAUCAACAUUCAGCUCGUUGUCCAGAAGUACUUCGUUCAUUUCUUGAUUGUAAUCCUAUGUAUUGGUGUUUUAUUCCUCUACCUUGGGAUGAAGCAGUAACAGAAAAUGUUGCUAAUCGUCCAGGAAAUUCUACUACAGAUCCCAAUCUGGAUGCUGUGAUAGCAACAACAGCCGUAGACAAUCGUAGGGUGGCUAAUUAUCUAGAUAAUGUACCAUUACCACCAACUCCCUAUGCUUUCUCAUAUCGACAGAUAAAACAACAGCGUCUAUUUUUCGAACGACUUGUUACUUCUUCCAUUCAUUACCGGCCUUAUAUCAAAUUAGAUUUGUAUAACAUAGCAAUCAUUCCCGUUUGUAAGUAA